AAGGAGCUGUUCGGGGCGGGAGAGACCGGCCAACCGGAUGGGGUUAGCAGCCGGAAGAUGUCGAAUGGCUCGACCGGAAGUACCAAGCACAAAUGGCUGAAAGCAUUCAAGAGCCUGAAAACCAGCUCGCCGUCGACUCCGCCAUCAGCCGACAAGUCAGUAGCCAUUUCGAUGAGAAUGGACUUUCAAAUGAAUGAGGAAUGGAUUCUCUCCCUCUUCCUUUUCUCUUUCCUCUCACUUUUGUUCUCUACAGUUCUCAUGGAUUUUUGCUUUACUUUUCCUUUAGAUAAGCCGUUUUGUUCUAGAGUUUUGUUAACAGAAAUUGAAAGUUGCGUUCGAAUAACCGGUAUUGUUGUGUUUUAUUGUCAAUGCUUCACUAACACAGAGGGAAACAGGCGAUGUACCAUGCCGUUUCUACAGUCGUCGCAAUGUCCAGUAUUUUAUACUGAAAAGUACCGUUUCUUCCAGGAAAAGUUUGGAAUCCGAGGGAGGCCACUCUUGGCGCGAGUACACCUACCGGAAGAUCACUCCGUGCGAUGCGUGCGGCCAGGUACUGCGUGGCCACAGUCGGCAGGGUGUCAGAUGUCGCGGGUGCAAGGCAAACGCCCACACCGAUUGCACCAAUUUGGUGCAACCUGCCAUGUGCCCGAGCCUGGCGCCUAAAAAGAGCGGCGGGAUCCCCCUUCUUCGUCGACAAAAAACUCAGACACAAGUGGACGACACCGCAGCCGCGGAAUACAGUAAGUACUCGCCAGUUUGGGACUGUGACUGUGUCGAAAGUUGA